AUGGGGCUUUCAGACGACAAGCUCGCCCAAGCGAGCACCGUACUUGCUGGAUUGCGCUGUGUGAUCUGCCAUGAGGUCUUUGUCGAUCCCGUGUGCGGACUGGAAUGCCAGCAUGUCUUCUGCUCCUCGUGCAUUGGCCGGGCUGUGACCUUGCAGUCGCAAUGCCCACUGUGCAGGGUACCCCUUGAUCCAACACAGCUUCGACCGAGCCAGCCUAUCCAGGCGCUGGUUGACGAUCUGGAGGUGAGGUGUGACUACAGAACGUCAGGUUGUGGUUGGACAGGCCGGUUGCAAGAUUGUGCUGCUCACCAGGCAGCAUGCCCAGUUAAGUUGACUAUUGACCUUGCUGACGAGCUGGACAAAAAAGCCAAGAAGUUGACCGAGCUGGACGAGAAAGCCAAGAAGUUCCACGAACACAUUAAGAUUGCGCACGAAUAUGCCAAUAGUUUCCGACUAGAGACCAAGAAGCUGGCGGAAGAAUUGAAAGAGUCUACUGCGCGGGAGGAAAUGCUUGCCAAAGAGAAGGAGGAAUUGAAAGACCAGGUCACAAGCCUGCAAAAGCAUGCCGCGAGCUUGGAACAGAGGCUGGAGGAAGCUACCAAGGUGUUGUUGGAAAGAAUGUCUCGGUGGAGUGCGACGCAGGUCCAAGUGUUCGUCCGAGACCCGAAACAAACUAAGAUGCACGUGAUGAACGUCAACAUAGACGAAGACACGGCCGUGCUGAAGUGGUACAUUUCAAGACAGACAGGCUGGAGAUCGGCAUCUUUCUACCUUUCUUGCAUGGGGAGGAUCAUGCAGCCAGGCAUGACAGGUCGGGACUAUGGCAUUGAUCAGGACACUACUCUCUGCAUGAAUGUCUGCGUGACUCAGUUUCAGUGA